AUGGAACACAGAUUGGCGGUGUCAAGAUUGUAUAGGAUAUUCAGCAUUUCGGGAAGUAUCGAGAGUAAAAGAGAUAUCGUUGGAGUAAGACAAGAAUCAAUAUUUUUGCAAAAUAGUCCAUUUGCAAGAAAAGUCAAAGUCUAUCGAAACUAUUUCAGCUUCCACAGCUUCCACAGCUUCUUCAACCCGAAGCUACUUAAGCUUUUCAAGCUCAUUUCUAGCACUGCAAAUUAUUGUGAAGUUGCAUCUUGCAUUUCUCAUUCACUUCAUGUACGUCUUUUCAUUCCCUGUAGCUUGCUGCUUGUGUCGCCCUCGACUCUACUCCCGUGGCAAUCAAGAGCAUAUAUGAAAAGUAUCAUUUGCCUUUUAGGUGCUUGUGGAUGCAACUUCCAUCCACUGGUGUAUAUAGGGCACACAUCUCUCUGCGAGAAACUUCCCAAUUGGGAAGUCUACAACGCGUGUUCAUCUCAUCGCUACUCCAAAAAAAUCCGCACCGUCGCUUGUUUCUUUCUUCCCGCUUAA